AUGAUCAGCACUAUCAGCGGAGGACCUACCGUUGCGGGGACGAGCCACCGUUCGAUGAAACAGUAUGUGCGUGCAGCACAGUUCCCUCAGGUGCUCGGAAUAGAGAUGAAUCGGUCCCACGAAACACCAAAAGUUCGUUGGGAGCCGAUCACAUUUUGCCAAGAGGAAGAAGAGGGAAUCCUCUAUCCCCACGACGACCCAAUGAUCAUCCGAGCUGAAAUUGCCGAUUACGAUGUAGGGCGAGUGCUGAUCGAUACCGGGAGCUCCGUGAGCUUAAUCUUUGCUGAAGCUUUCAGAGAGAUGGGAAUCAAUGACAACCAAGUCGACCGGCAGUUGACACCUCUACUAAGCUUCUCUGGAGACCUGGUCCAACCGAUCGGUAGUGUCAGACUGCCAAUUUCAUUUGGCACGGCGCCGAGAAGGACAACGACGUACGAUCAGUUCCUCAUCGUCGACUGCCCGACGGCAUACAACGUUAUCGUUGGCCGAACGGCUCUGACGAGGAUCAACGCGCAUCUUUCGCCCCACAUGCUGCUGAUGAAGUUCCCUACCCCGAACGGCACGGGGGCAAUCUGGGGAAAUCAAUUUAGCGCGCGGACUUGCUACGCUACGGCGCUCAAGGCAACCUCGUUCAUACUCCCCAACGAGACCAUGACGGUGCAAGGUUUACCGAACGGUACUGGACCGGUUGACGACCCUAGAGAUGAAUCUCCCACCCCUCACACACAACCUGCCGAAGAAUUGGAAACCAUAACCUUGAGCGAUGAACAGCUCGAUCGACAGGUUAGAAUCGGCACUAGACUCACUGCGAACCUCCGAACGCAAUUCAUAGACUUCUUGCGGCAUCUUUUGGAAGUUUUCGCAUGGUCUUACGAGGACAUGCCCGGCAUCGCCCCGGACGUGAUUAGCCAUAAACUCACCAUCUCCUCCGCCUAUAAGCCCGUAAGGCAGAAGCGCCGAUCAUACGAUGCCGAACGGGAUGAGGCGAUGCGCACGGAAGUCGAGAAACUUCAAACCAUCGGUUUCAUCCGGGAAGCAACGUAUCCGGUAUGGCUUGCCAACUCCGUCAUGGUUAGAAAGUCCACGGGCGGGUGGCGGAUGUGCCAAGACUAUACCGACCUCAACAAGGCCUGCCCGAAAGAUAGCUUUCCGUUGCCAAGAAUAGACCAGCUCGUGGAUGCCACUGCCGGCCACGAACUGCUGAGCUUUAUGGAUGCCUACUCCGGCUAUAACCAGAUAUUCAUGCACCCUCCCGACAGCGAGCAUACCGCAUUCAUAACGGACAAGGGGUUGUACUGUUAUAAUGUCAUGCCGUUCGGACUGAAGAACGCAGGAACCGCCGAAGAUCACAUGCAGAACUUAUCGAUCAUGUUCGGCAUACUCAAAGAGUACAGGAUGAGGCUGAACCCGAAGAAAUGCGCCUUCGGUGUAUCUUCCGGGAAAUUCCUCGGAUUCAUGAUCAGUCAGAGGGGGAUUGAGGCGAAUCCCGAGAAAAUAAAGGCAAUCAUCGAUAUGGAGAGGCCGAAGACGACGAAGGACGUUCAGAGCCUUACCGGACGCGUGGCCGCCCUGACCCGUUUCAUAUCGAAGGUUACCGAUAAAUGUGUACCAUUCUUCAAAGCCUUGAAAGGGGGCAAACGGGAUAUCACAUGGACUGCCGAAUGUGAUAACGCAUUUCAAGCCCUGAAGAACUACAUGAGCAAAGCCCCCCUUUUGUCAAAACCGCUGCCUGGGGAAAUUCUCUACCUCUACCUUUCAGUAUCCGGAACUGCCGUCAGCUCGGCACACGGGAUCAAAGUCCUGACCAACCAACCGCUCCGGCAAGUUCUCCAGAAACCAGAAAUUUCGGGCCGAUUGAUCAAAUGGGCGAUCGAACUCGGGGAAUUCGACAUACAGUUCGUUCCGAGGCCCGCGGAGAAGGGCCAGGCUGUUGCCGAUUUUAUCUCCGAGCUUACCCCAGCGACAGUACAACCGACAUAUGAGGCAAUUACCGAGACCAUCUUGCCGGAUCAACCAGGCGCCGAACGCCUCGACACAUCAACUCCGGUCUGGGGUUUGCACGUCGAUGGCUCGGCAAACCAGCAAGGAUGCGGAGCGGGCUUGGUGCUGACAACACCGGACGGACAGAAGAUCGAAUACGCCCUUCGAUUCGACUUCCGGACCUCCAACAAUGAAGCUGAAUAUGAAGCCCUCUUGGCCGGCCUUCGGCUAGCCAAGAGCAUGAAUGCAAAGCAAAUCCGAAUUCACAGCGACUCCCAGCUCAUUGUGAACCAGGUAACGGCAGACUUCGCCGCCAAGGAUGCCUCCAUGUACGCUUACCUUUCAACCGCCCAUCAGCUACUCCGAAGUUUCCAAGCAUACGAGAUUAAACAGAUCCCCAGAGGCGAAAACAGCCAUGCCGAUGCUUUGGCAAGACUCGCUUCGGCGAUAAACGAAAAAGUCGGAAGAAAGGUACCAGUGGAGAUCCUUGCCCAACCGAGCACGGUAACCUCCGAAGCGUGUGCCGUACGGUAUGAGGAUACAUGGAUGUCUCCCAUCUACUUAUACCUGACGAACGGCACCCUUCCUGAGGAUAAAGCCCAGGCCCGGAAGCUGAGAUACCGGUCAGCAAGAUACACAGUUAUCAACGAUGUACUCUACAAGCGCGGCUACACUACCCCGUAUCUCAAAUGCCUCACGGCAGAGCAGGGGGAGUACAUCCUUCGGGAAAUUCAUAGCGGUGAAGCUUGA